GCCGGGAAUCCGCCCCUCCGGCCCCCGCUCCGUCGCUGCGGCCACCGGGGCGGGAUCCAUCGUGGGGCAGCGCGGGGCUUCAUCAGCUUCGCUGACUCGGUGCGCGUCGGAACUGGAUGGGCAUUGAGGUCCCUCCCAACUCGAACCGUUCCGUGGCUCUAUCCUAACAGCUAUGGCAAACUUCACCGAGAUGGCUCUUCUCUCCAAGGAGUAUGGCUACGUCAUCCUGACGGGGGCUGCUAGCUUCGUCUUGGUCACACACCUCGCACUGAAAGUGGGCAAGGCCCGCAGGAAGUACAAAGUGGAGUACCCGACCAUGUACAGCACAGACCCUGAACAUGGGCAUAUGUUCAACUGUAUCCAGCGUGCACACCAGAACACAUUGGAAGUUUACCCUGCCUUCCUGUUCUUCCUGGGCACCGGCGGAAUCUACCACCCACGGACUGCCACAGGACUUGGCAUCACCUGGAUCCUUGGGAGAAUCCUCUAUGCCUACGGCUACUACACUGGGGAUCCAAAAAAACGAAUGAGAGGGGGCAUCAGUUCAAUUGCACUCAUUGGGCUGGUGGGCACAGGCGUGUGUUCAGCAUGCAAGCACCUUGGCUGGAUCUGCCAGAACUAACUGACCAUCAUGAUGGCUGCCUGGGAAACUAAGGGAAUUUUUGUUUUCUUUUCUUUGAGAAUAUUUCAUUUUAUGUUUCUUUUCUUUUUUUUCUUUUCUCCUCAUUCAAUAAAA